AAAAUAGGAAUGUCUUGUUCUGUAGUGUUGGACUUGGACAUUGUGGACAGUGUCAAUAAUAUCCUAAAAUAAAUAACAAAUAGUUCUUGAAAAUGCUCUGCUAAAAUUAUUUAACAAGUCCUUAUUCGCAUUGCGUAAUUGUACUUAAGAUGUAUUACAAAAGUUUAAUUUUUUGGCUUGUGCUUAACUUAUACAAAAGAGGUAUUUGGGCGAGUAAUGUUGGAUUUUCAGAAGAAACUAGAGCUAAGACGCCGCCUGUUCAAAGAAACCCCUCAUCCAGUGAUUUUCAUGUAUAUACUGAGAGCCAGCUUCAUGCUUUCGACAGCUGCAGUUAUGAUGAUUUUGCUUGCCUCUCAAUGGCAGCCAGCGACAAACAUGGCUUGGAUUCAAUAAUUACUUUACACAAACAGCUUGAUGAUGAUGAAGAUGGAAACAUUGAUUAUGCAGAGUCUGAUGAUUUUUUAAAAGAAGAGCUGAAAUAUCACUCGGGAACAGAAAAACGACAAAAGGCAUUCCAUCAAAAUAAUGAUAUGCAUAUCUCUGUAAAAGAGCUCUGGGAAGCAUGGCUGAAAUCAGAAGUGCACAAUUGGACUGUCGAACAAACCACUGACUGGCUGAUCAAUAAUGUUCAUUUACCACAGUAUGCACCUAACUUUUUAUUGAACAAAGUUAAGGGAGCAAAUCUCCCCAGAUUGGCGGUAAAUAAUGCCAACUACUUGGGCAUAUUGGGUAUAAAAGAUCCCAUUCACAAGCAGAAAAUCUCUCUCAAGGCCAUGGACGUUGUUCUAUUCGGACCACCAAAAGAUGGAAUAACGUGGAAAGACAUCACAUUAAUUAUAUCGGCUGUUGUUGUGCUAUUCGGCGGUUGGGUGGGUUAUCAGCAAAACAAAAAAUUCAAAACCCACAUGAAUCGCAUGAAUCGCGACAUGGACAGUCUGCAAAACUCUGAACAGGCCUUGGAAAAACUACAGAAGCAGUUGGAGGAAGCCAAACAAGCAGAAGAUGCCGCCAAAUCAGAGAAACAAAAUUUAGAAAAGAUGCUACAGGACUCCAAAGGCGAUAUGACCAGCUUAACUAGUGCAUACUCUGAAAGUGAUGUUACGCAUUACAAGGAAGAAAUCAAGUCUCUAAAGACACAGCUUGAGUUGACACAGGCUGCCUUUAAGAACACUUGCUAUCUAGCGCCGCCUGGUUUACAACAGUGGCUCCAAUUAACUUACGAAUUGGAACAGAAAAGCUAUGACAAAAAAAAGAUGUCCGCAGAAAAACAGCUCCAACAGGCCAGAGAGGCUUGUGAGAAAUUGAGGAAGAAAAGAUCUAGUUUAAUUGGUGCCUUUGUUUCUACUCAUGGCAAAGCCAUAGACGAUGUGGAUAGAGCCAUAGUGGAGGCACGCAGUGCUUUAAACGAGGUGACGUACGAGCUGCAAGAAAAAUCGCAUCGCUGGCGCCAAAUCGAGCUGAUGUGUGGUUUCCCUAUAACUGUUAACAUCGGCCUGCAGACAUUAGAAAAUACAUUGUAUAAGAAACAUGAUAGAUUUAAUGGAUUCAGCGUUCGCAUGAAUAGCGUGGAUGAUCUCGACAUGAAUGACGAUGCGGGAUCAGUCUACGGACUAGCCCCUUCUUCCUACUCAGAAAUGCCCCUUCAUCACAUGGCAUCCCUAAACGAAGAUGAAACAUCCGGAAGUGAAAACGGGAAACAAGAUGAGAAUGCCAAUAAUGAAUCCAAGUCAAAUGAUUUCAGUUUCCAAAUAGGUGGCACGCCUUUUCCUCAAGAAACUGCCAGUAGAACUAAUUCCAAUCUGAUAUCGAAUCACACCAAAUCAGCUAGUCAAUCCAAUAUUAAUGUAAAACCUAUCGGACCAGGAAAAUCUUUUACCAGGUCUUUGACUCAGGAGAUGAACGUGGAAGAGAUCUCUUUAGCAAAAUCUGCGGCUUCAGAGGGCAAUUUGGAAUCAGCCAAAGCGCGUCCUGCCGCCAUUCCUGAAAAAGCUUGUUUGCCGAAAAAGGCAAUUUCUAUCGAGGAUGAUAUUUGCUCAACCGACUCCUCACUAAUUGAAGAUGGCGAGGUGAAAAAAAAGCGGCGCAAGUUGUUCACGUUUUCGAAGAAGAGCAAAAAGGGUGAAAAAUCGUGAGCAUGCUCUCUUAAUUUCCUAGGGCCUAGUUAGUAGUUUUAAAUGGUGCGAAUAAAUGUUGCUUCUCGAUAAAACAAACAAGCUCAUAAUUUUGAUAAAAACCUGUGUUUUUAGAAAGGCAAUCAGUUUUGGUAGGAUGACAAUAACGCUAUAAACUAUAAGUUGAAUUUUACUGACAAACAUGGCACAUUCCACUGAAAUCCCGAUUUAGUUUUUCAAACCAAAAUUGCAAACAUUCUAGAAACACAGUUACUAUUUAUGUGACAGCAAUAUAAUACUUCCCUCAAGUGCUUUAUCUGCAUACAUACGUUGCAGAGUCCAAUCUAGCAAUAAGUAUUUGCUUGUGAAAUGACAAAUAAACAAUUACUAUUGAAAGCAAAUAUCAAAAGCUGUUAAUAAGCAAUUGAAGAACUUGUUAGUAAAAAUCUUUGACGAUAAUACAUAUGUGAACAACUGAAAAUAUAUGUUUAUGGUGAUAUUUGAUUAUAUGUGAAUAUUACGUAACAGGAGUGAGCACACUGGAAUCUUCAAACAGAUCUGAAAACUACAUGACUUAAGACGGUUGUAAUUUUUUUUAGGACUUGGGACUUAAGAAUUUAAUACUUAAUAAACUAUCUAUUAUGUCAUUACAUAAAAUGAUCGUUUAUGUAAAUCUUCAGUAUAUUACUGUAACUAAAUUUCAACUGUAUCAAAAUACUGAAAAUUACCAAAUUUCAAUAAUUUAAUUUACAAUGUUUUAUACAUUUAACAUGAUUUAUGUGUUAAUUUUAUGAUUUAUCAUAUCGAGAUUGACAAAAAGUCACUGAAAAUCCACUACUUUUAAAUGAGCCGUUGACGAAUUUUCGUUGUGUAUGGAUUGUUAUUCGCGUUUAUUAUUCGUCACCGUAAUUGUGGAUUGUAAAACCCAUUUCCACCAAAUUUUGCUAGUUACAAAACAGUGUCCUCUUAACUGGGUUGUUAGGUCUUUUGCAUUAUAUCACUUAUUUCAUCUGCUUCAGAGAUUUGAAUAUGUAUUCCAUUAUAAAGUAAUUAAUUUAAUUUUAAAGUGAUACAAGAAACCAAUCAAUUUGCUAAGUGUAUAAUACUGACUAUAAUAAAUGAUUGCACUUUGUAACUUAUCUGCAAUUAGUAAAAGUGAUAACGCGGUUGUAACAUAGAGAAUAUCCACACUUAAACUGAUUUAGAUAAAUUCUUUAAAUUCUCGUUGAUAAUAAGACAUUUUUAUUUAAAAAAUCCCGUAUUUUGUGCGAAAGGUGCGCUUUCUGAUUUAUUCGAUAAUGCUUAAAAGUUGCUUUUACGAUUAAUAGUCCAGUUUUUUCUUAAUUUGCUAUUAUUAGCCAAUUUCUGAAUCCCCACUGUGUGAGUAGGUCUAUGUAUUGAUUUUCGUUUAAACAUGAAUGCUUUGUUUGCAAAAA